AUGACAUCCCGUCAGGAGAAGGAAAAAGCGCAAAAAGGACAAAAAACCGAAGGCACCCCCAAGCUCGGGGGGGCCUCUGGGAGCUCCCAGCGCUCCCUUGGGACCAUUCCCGGCUCCUCUGCCGCUCUGGGACCACCCCGGGACCACCCCCCAAUAUGGGGGAGACCCCCGAAGGGACCAGGACCCCCACCCCCCCCCUCUGAGGAGCCCCCCGCCCCCCUCCCGGCUCCACCAUCGCUGCCCGAGGCGCUGCUGGGCUCGGACGAGGGCGAGCAGGAGGAUCCCCGGGAUUACUGCAAAGGGGGGUAUUACCCCGUUCGCAUCGGGGACCUUUUCCACGGGCGCUACCACGUGGUUCGCAAGCUGGGCUGGGGACAUUUCUCCACCGUGUGGCUCUGCUGGGACCUGCGGAGGAAACGUUUUGUGGCGCUGAAGGUGGUGAAAAGCGCCCCCCAAUACACCGAGACCGCCCUGGAUGAGAUCAAGCUGCUGAAAUGUGUGCGGGAUUCCGACCCCAGCGACCCCAACCGCGAGCACAUCGUGCAGCUCAUCGACGACUUCAAGAUUUCGGGGGUCAAUGGUGUCCAUGUGUGCAUGGUGCUGGAGGUGCUGGGGCACCAACUGCUGCGCUGGAUCAUCAAAUCCAACUACCAGGGGCUGCCCCUGCCCUGCGUCAAGAGCAUCGUCCGGCAGGUGCUGGAGGGGCUGGAUUACCUGCACACCAAGUGCAAGAUCAUCCACACGGACAUCAAGCCCGAGAACGUGCUGCUGUGCGUGCAGGAGCCCUUCCUGCGGCACCUGGCGGCGCAGGCGGCGCGCUGGGCGCGGGGGGACGGCCCCCCCCGGGGAGCAGUGAGCUCUGCACCUCAGGAGGAACCUGAUCGGCUGUCGCGGGCUCAGCGGCGCCGGCGGCGGCGGCGACAGCGGCGACAGCGCCAACUGCUGGCACAGAGACUGCGGGACCUGGAACAGCUGCGCGACAGCGCGGGGACACCGGGGGGACACAGCGACACGGAAGCCCCCCCAGACCCCCCGGAGGAGCUCGGGGGGAGCCCCCCGAGCGGGGCCUCGUCCUCGGGGGUGCACACGCUGCCCCCGGGGGGCUCCAGCGAUGGAUUCUCGGGGGGCUCCUGCGCCUCGGGGGGGAUCCCGGCGCCCUCCCGGCGCCCCCCCAGCCCCAGCUCCGCCUCGGAUUCGCUCUUCACCCCCACGUCCGGCUCGCUGCUCUCGGGGGGCUCCGAGGGCAUCCCCAAAAACCUCGGGGAGGGGGCUCUGCCGGAGGGGCAGGAGAACCCCCUGGACCCCCGCGCUGCCCCUCGGCUGAGAAUCAAAAUCGCUGACCUGGGCAACGGCUGCUGGGUGCACAAACACUUCACCGAGGACAUCCAGACCCGGCAGUACCGGGCCCUGGAGGUGCUGCUGGGGGCGGGGUACGGGCCCCCGGCCGACAUCUGGAGCACGGCCUGCAUGGCGUUCGAGCUGGCCACCGGCGAUUACCUGUUCGAGCCCCACUCGGGGGAGGAGUACAGCAGGGACGAGGACCACAUCGCCCACGUGAUCGAGCUGCUGGGGGAGAUCCCGCGGCACGUGGCCCUGGGGGGGCGCUACUCACGCGAGUUCUUCAACAGGAAAGGUGAGCUGCGCCACAUCCGGCACCUGCGGCCCUGGGGGCUGCGGGCGGUGCUGCAGGAGAAGUACGAGUGGCCGCGGGGGCCGGCGGCCGCCUUCGCCCGCUUCCUGCGGCCCAUGCUGGCCUUCGAGCCCGACCGCAGGGCCACGGCCCGGCAGUGCCUGCAGCACCCCUGGCUCCGCCCCUAGCCCCGCCCCUGGUGCCAAUAAACCAUGGCCUCAAUAAACCACAGCCUCAAUAAACAACAGCCUCAAU